UACGGAAGAACAUAAGUUGCUCAUUCGGGUGUGUUGUUCGGUCCUUUUCUCUUCUCCAUCGAGCAGUCAAGACUUUGCUAAAGUUAUAUGCUCAUAUGUGCCAGUCGCUAGGCUUUGGUCUCGGGGAUCGGAAUUGGAUGCAAUUACAGAUCGGGAGUUUAGAAUCGGAGAGUUUAAGAAAAUUGUACAAAUCCUCACAUCAAAAAGGGAUUUUUCCCCAUAUAAUAACUUUCGAUGCGACUCAAAUUAUUUUAUUACAUGCGAAAAACCGCUGAGAAUUAGCCGACUACUCCCGUCCCGCGUUUUCGAUAUCGCUGCUCUAUGAACGCGCGAAUGUUUGCCACCCUUUCGAACGCAAGCGAUGACACUGCGCCGAACGACGAAACUCAUAGCCUCGGCUCUGCUGCGAGUCCUUCGCGCCGCACCACAGCGUCGGCAUCUCCGAACUUGCACCGACGCCAGAACCGUCAAGACAGGCUUCGACCCCACCACUUCCCGCUCCAACUUCCGGGUCAAGGACAUACUCGAGCGGGGGGACCUGUCGCGCGCACGGCGGGUGUUCGAUCAAAUGCCCAACAGAAACACGGUCUCGACUAACAUGAUGAUGUCCGGGUACGUGAAUGCCGGCAAUCUGGUGAGCGCGAGGAAGUUGCUUGAUGGCAUGGCUGAGCGCACGGCGGUCUCGUGGACGAUCUUGAUGGGCGGGUACUUGAGGUCUGACAAGGUAAGUGAAGCAUUCGAGCUUUUCGGGGAGAUGCACCGGUGCGGCACGGAGGCAGACUACGUGACUUUUGCCACGUUGUUGUCGGGCGUGCGCUACUCUGAUACGUUUAAUGAAGUGAUUCAAGUCCAUGCUCAGAUAAUCAAACUGGGGUUCGAUUUGGUUCUCAUUGUUAACAAUGCGUUGGUAGAUGCUUAUUGCAAGUCUUGUCGGCUUGGCUUAGGUAGCCAGCUGUUCAAGGAAGUGCCCGAGAAAGAUUGUGUCACGUUCAAUGCGUUGAUAACUGGAUACUUGAAUGAAGGCUUGUUUGAGGAAGCGAUUAAUCUCUUUGUUGAGAUGCAAAAGUUGGGUUUCAGGCCUUCGGAGUUCACCUUCACGGCAAUUUUAGCCGCAGGUAUUGGGUUAGCUGACAUAGGAUUCGGAAAACAGAUUCACAGCCUCGUCCUCAAGACUAAUUUCCUGUGGAACGUGUUUCUUGGGAAUGCGUUGUUGGACUCUUAUUCGAAGCAUGAUCAUGUGGAAGAAGCGAGGAAACUUUUUGACGAGAUGCCAGAGGUGGAUUGUGUUUCCUACAAUGUCAUUAUCACUGGUUAUGCAUGGGACGGGCAGGUAGAGGCUUGUCUUCGCAUUUUUCGCGGACUUCAGUCUACUAGAUUUGAUAGGAGGCAAUUCCCUUUUUCGACCUUGCUUAGUGUGGCAGCAAACGUGGCCGACUUUGAAAUGGGUCGGCAGAUUCAUUGCCAGACCAUAGUGACAAAAGCUGAUUCAGAAAUCCUUGUUGGAAAUGCUUUGGUUGACAUGUAUGCAAAAUGUGCUAGAUAUAAGGAAGCUAAGAUGAUAUUUGCUGAUCUUGCUUACAGAAGCCCAGUUCCCUGGACAGCCUUGAUUUCUGCUUACAUUCAGAAUGGCCUCCAUGAAGAAGGCUUAAAACUGUUCGUUGAGAUGCAAAGAGCCAAUGUUAGUGCUGAUCAAGCAACUUUUGCUAGCAUUUUGAAAGCCUCUGCAGUUUUGGCAUCACUUUCACUUGGGAAACAAUUGCAUUCAUUUGUGAUCAGAUUGGGGUACAUUUCAAACGUGUUUGCAGCGAGUGCACUUGUUGACAUGUAUGCAAAAUGUGGAUCCAUGAAACAUGCAAUUCAAACUUUUGAAGAAAUGCCCGAGAGGAAUGUUGUAUCCUGGAAUUCUCUAAUUUCAGCUUAUGCUCAAAAUGGGGAUGGUCGCGCAACUCUUUACACAUUUGAAUCUAUGGUUAAGUCAGGUCUUCGACCUGAUUCUGUUGGAUUCCUCAAUGUUUUAUCAGCUUGCAGUCACUGUGGACUUGUUGAAGAGGGUUUAAAGUACUUUGAUUUGAUGCGUAAUACAUAUGCACUCGUUCCUAAGAGAGAACACUUUGCUUGUAUGGUUGAUGUGCUGUGUCGAAGUGGACGAUUUGGUGAAGCUGAGAAGUUCAUGUCUCAAAUGCCAUUUGAGGCUGACGAGAUUAUGUGGAUGUCGGUUCUGAAUUCAUGUAGGAUACAUAAGAACCAAGAACUAGCCAAGGAAGCAGCAGAUAAACUUUUCGCUAUGGAGGAGCUUAGAGAUGCUGCCUCUUAUGUCAACAUGUCUAAUAUAUAUGCGGCCGCAGGCCAGUGGGAUUGUGUCGUACAAGUGAAGAAGGCAAUGAGGGAAAGAGGAAUGAAAAAGGUUCCUGCGUGUAGUUGGGUUGAGAUUAAACAUAGAAGUCAUGUCUUUAUGGCAAAUGAUAAUUUGCAUCCCCAAAUAAAGGAGAUCAGGAGAAAAAUUGACACAUUGGCGGAAGAGAUGGAGAAAGAAGGAUACAAACCUGACACAAGUUGUGCCCUUCACAAUGUUGAUGAAGAAAUUAAGAUUGAAUCUCUUAAAUAUCAUAGCGAAAGGUUAGCGAUUGCAUUUGCACUUAUUAGCACGCCUAAGGGAUCACCUAUCCUUAUAAUGAAGAACUUGAGAGCCUGUACAGACUGUCAUGCUGCAAUCAAGGUGAUAUCAAGGAUUGUUCAAAGGGAAAUUACAGUUCGAGAUUCAAACAGGUUUCAUCAUUUUAAAGAUGGAAGUUGCUCUUGUGGUGAUUAUUGGUAGGUUUUGCAUGGAAAAUUCCCUAUGAUGUAUGACAAGGUCACGAAAACAAGUUCUAGGGUUUAGUCAGGCUAGAUAACUUUAAUCCAGUGUUGCUUUAGAUCGAGCAGCUGAUUCCAGUUGAUCAAUAGAAGCUACUAUUCUGGAGCUUUCAUUUCGUCGUUAGUUCAUGGUGACAAUUACUGCACUAGAGGGCACAAAGGCUAAAGAAACCUUUCUCAAUUGUUUCAACAAUGAAUGGGUCUCAGACAAAUUCAGGAUCGUAGCUACCGUUGGAGAAGUGUGAAAUCAUUGUACAAUUGGAUUCAAUCACCAAGCUCAUGAAAAGACUUGCAGUGAGUUUGAUUCUGAAAUUGAUUAACCAAGACAAGAUGCCUGAAAAGAGAGAAGCUAUUUAUAAAGAAAGCACAGUUGGUGGAGCUUUGGGAUUCCUGCGCUGAUGUCGAGAUUGCUUGUGGAGAGGAAACAUCCUCGAAGGAUACAAGCUUGUAAGACUGCUUUGCAACUGGGUGCGAUUUGUGAUGUAGAGAAGAUGGUUCUCAGCAUAAAGUCGAGGUGAAAAGUGAUUUUCCCAGCAUACAAGGUGUCUCGGAAGAACGUGUUUCUGUGGGAUGACUAUUAAUCUCUGGAUCUCUGCUGGGUCAUGGGAACAUGCCAUUUUCCUCCAAAGAUAACUGGGAGCUGAAUCGUUGGAAGCUCACAAGUGAGAGGGGAAGAAAGGAGAGAAAUUGAUGCAAGUUCUCUUCUCAACAAUGGCUAUAUGAAUAGAUGAUUCUUUGUUUGUUUCGCGAAAAAUGAAUAAUUUAGAGAACAUUUUCUAAAAAAUGAUUGCUUGAAUCGCUUCAAAUAAUUAGCCAAGAAAAAAUAUUUUCAUUAUUGACAACUAUCAUUUUUGUCGACGAUGAAAAUAUUUUUCAUUCAUUCAUUUUUUUAAGCGAUACAAAUGAUCAUUAUUAGGAAAAUAUUUUUCAAAUCAUUCAUUUUUCGUGAAACAACGGAGCCAAGACCUUGAGUAUAUAUGGCUAUACAUUUUCCUUUUGGGUGAAAUAGCCUUAUCUGCUUAUCUAGGGAGAGAUUUUUAGGGAAAUAGGACCUUCGAGAGGUUUUCAUUUUACAAAGAUUAUAGAUACCAAAGGUUUUAGUAACUUUUCAACAUUUAUUUGCGGAACUGUGUUAAAUUAAUUAAUGAUUAUGAGAAAUUACUAA